AUGACUGAACUUAAGUGGAGAAAAACGCUGCUGGAGACACCCUCAGGAUUCGCCCUGUUUGCUGUUGAUGAAGAUGUACUCAAAGAACCUGAUGAUAUCUGGGUGUAUUUCAAGAAUGUAUCUACUGCAAAACAUAUUAUGUUUCGCCUUGGUGAUGUACAGUUUGCUGACAAAAGUGUUGCUUGGGAUGGUCAGACACAACCUAGCAAGGACCUUAUUCGUCUAAUUCGAAAAUCCUUCAAGAGUAAAAAGGAUCUAAUUGUUCAGAGUGCUGAACUUCAAGCCGUUAUUAAGGAAAAGUUGCUUCAUAAUAAAUUCAUAUCAGAAACUGGCUUGUUACGCUAUGUGGACACAACUUUAGAGCAAGUUCCCAAUACAUUGAGGGAGUCAUUUGAUGAACAUGUUUGUAGAAUUGGUGAAAGUAUUGAGGAUGACUUAGACUACGCCAAAGUCCUUGCAAGGAUUCUUGUUCCUGAGUUGGCACCACAAUAUGAUUUUUUGAAGAUGUUCCCAUUGGACUUAGCACUAAAGAUCGAAGAAGCAUAUAAACAUGCAACUAAAUAUCGAUACGAAAAGCUUUCCAUGCACGACAGGGAAAUCAUUAUGGGAGCUCUUAGUCACCUAUUGGCUGUUCCUAAACAAAGAAAUGAGAUUAUGAUCCGUGUCAAGCGUAUGCAAUCAGAAAUGACAUAUCAUUUUAGGACAUUUGAAGGUACACAUGAAGAACCUAUAAGGGAACCUGCCAAUUUGAAGGAUUCAACAUAUAGGAGGACACUCCUUGAGACUCCUUCUGGUUUUGCCAUUUUUUAUAUUUGUGAGGAUGUCUUUGAACGGCCUCAGCACAUAUGGACAUCGUUUAUCACUGAAAUGGAGGCACUUGGGGUUGUCUUAGCUCUCGGUUUCGUAAAGGUUCAUGACAAAUCUAUUGUCCGGGAUAGUUGUCAUGGUCCUGGUCAGGAUCUGAGCAGGCUUAUUCGAAAGCUAUGUCCGCAUAAAACUAAAUUGAUUGUUCAAGAUGAUGAUCUUAAAUCUGUCAUUGAGGAGAAACUUCAUGUCCUGCAUGAAUUUAUUCCCCAAGAAAAGGGCAAUUUAACUGAAGACUAUUAUCUACCAAUGAGCAAGGGAUUGCAAAAUGUGUUACAAUCAUAUGGUAUCAGUGUCUCACUAGGACAGAUGUGCCUCAUCUUCCGUCAGUCGUUCGACCGUCAUGUUUCUUGUAUUGGUAAAUUGAUUGAAGAUCAUGUGGACUAUGCAAAAGUGGUUGCACAUAUCCUUGUUCCUGAGUCCGAACAGAAUUUUGAUGUCAAGUCGCUUUCAAGUGAUCUGGAAGGAAAGGUGGCUGAGGUUGCAACAAAGGAUGGAGAUUUAAUUGGUGAUAAGAAUGCGAAUCGUGCAGAGGAUGUUGACCUAGGUUUGCAGUACGAUUCAGAUUGUCUGCCUGAAGAGGAGGACGACAAUAAUGGGGGAAGCUCAUCUAGUAAGCGUCCUGCUGCUAGCAAGCCUAAAAAAGUGAAGAGAACUAAGCGUGAUGAUAGUGCGAUCUCAGAGGUGACUCAUAUUCUGCGUGAUAUGUCUGACACCAUGCGCUUCACUCAUGUCACUCAUCCAAAUGAAGAAUUAUUCAAGACAAUUGAUGCUAUGAAAGAGUAUCCAUUAUUUGCUCGACUUGAAUUACAAGAGUAUCUUGCAAAUAAUGUGAAGACUGUUGCUAUGCCGAAGGGAAGACCAUUGGAGGCCAUCAAGGAGUACGUCGAGAGAUGGUUUGUUAAAAACUAUCCACCUCCGAUGAUUUGA